AUGGCUAGGGCAAAGACGAUAUGGCAGGACAUUGUCCAGUAUAGGCGGACGUAUUUGCUUACGGCGGUUGCGUCUUUUGGAGGCAUGCUCUUCGGCUGGGAUACUGGACUGAUCGGCGCGGUCCUCACCAUGAGAAGCUUUCAAAAUAGCUUCGGUCUUGACGAAGACUCUCCAGAAUACGCGAACCUCUCCGGAAAUAUCGUCUCCGUCCUACAAGCUGGAUGCUUCUUCGGAGCACUGGCUUCCUUCUUCGUCUCGGAUAAAUUUGGCAGGAAAAAAGCUCUGAUCUUCGCAGAUGUGAUCUUCAUCAUUGGGAGCAUUAUCCAGACAUGUUCAGGCUUGACCUCGACGUCCUUGGCGGAACUAUACGUCGGAAGAGUAGUGGGUGGCUUUGGCGUUGGUCUCAUUUCUGCUGUUGUGCCGACGUACAUUGGAGAAAAUGCCAACAAAGAGAUUAGAGGAAGAUGCAUUGGAUGUAUGCAACUGUUCAACGUGACCGGAAUCAUGCUAUCCUACUUCGUGAACUACGGAUGUAACCAGAACAUCUCCUCGACCAACCCGGCACAAUGGCGAGUGCCUUUCGCACUUCAGAUACUGCCAGGAGUCCUCUUGCUCUUCAUUGUGUUCCUCAACGAGUCACCGAGAUGGCUUGUUGAGAAGCAGAAAAUUCAAGAGGCCCGUAAGGCACUGGCCACAGUUCGUGCACUUCCUAUCGAAUCCGAAGCAGUCGAUCGCGAGCUUGAGGAGAUCAUUGAGGACUUCAAUGGACACGAGAAACUCCGUCUUCUGGAACAGAUCAAAGUGACAUGCCGCGAACCAAAGGCCAUGUACACAUUCACCAUGGCUGUAACACUCAUGUUCUGGCAACAAUGGACUGGGACGAACAGCAUCAACUACUACUCACCACAAAUCUUCAGAAGCGCUGGUCUCGUAGGCCAAAGCGCCGGCCUUUUCGCAACAGGAAUCUAUGGCGUGGUGAAAGUCGUCUUCACUUCUCUGGCCCUCAUGUUAGCUGUCGAAAGUCUUGGCAGGAAAUGGUGUCUGAUCAUGGGAGCUCUUGGUCAAGCCUUCGCAAUGUUCUACAUCGGGAUCAACCAGGCCGUAAACCCUCCCAGCGGAGAAGGACUGGACGGUCACAGCAUCUUCGCAAUCAUCUGCGUGUACCUCUUUGUCGUCUUCUACAGUUUCGGCUGGGGGGCAGUCCCAUUUGUUCUCGCUGCAGAGUGCGCCCCGAAUCAUACACGAAGUUUGGUCAUGAGCGCAGCUUUGAUGACUCAAUGGCUCUUCAACUUCGUGAUUGCCAAACUCACGCCGAUCAUGCUGGACAAGAUCACAUAUGGUACCUUCUUGCUGUUCGGCGGAUGCUGUAUUCUCAUGGCGAUUUACACAGUCUUCUGUGUUCCGGAGACGAAAGGUGUGCCUCUUGAGAGCAUCCACUUGUUGUUCGAAGGCGGUAUUAUCAAAGGAGCUUUGAAGGACACGAUACCUGCGAAGUCAAGAGCAAAGAAGCUACGGGAAGCACAGGCUGUGGGAAGAAUAGAUGUUACUGGGAAAGACUUUGAUGAUGAAGAGGCCCAUCAUGUUGAGCAGGCCGACCGAGACGACAUCGUGAGGAAGACAGCAAGAGCGCAGAAUGUUAUAGGCAGUCGGGCUUAGAGUCGCUCACUCCUGUGAUGAUAGCUUGGAAAGAGGCAGAGCGUGACAAGCUGGAACUUAGACAUGGAACUCAUAAAUAUAGAAAUAUGUGCAAAGAAGACACAAUAUACCUUCGACAUUCUUGAAUAAUUUGAGCAGCGAUCUCACUCU